CGUAAAAUUUUGUGAAAUACAGAAAAAGAAAACAAGUAGGCGUGCGACAACCAACUAACUAAGACUCACAAAGCAGUUUGCCAGUGAACAACUCAGAUUCACUCCUCCGUUUGAAAAAUUAACAAGAUCUGAAAACUAAACAGCAAGUGAAAAAAAUUUAUCAAAAAUGGCAGCAGCAACAGCACAGAAAAUAAACGAACGUUUUCAGUCGUUUGUCCAUGGCCUCAACGAUCGCUAUGAGCCGCAUGUGCGCCAGCACCUGGCCAAAGUCUACAUGGUGUUGGGCAGCACCGCAGCCGCAACCACUGUGGGUGCCCUCUGCCAGAUGCGCGGUUUUCUAGAUCUCGGCGUGUUGGCUGCCUUGGGCACGCUAUUUCUGGUAUUGGGGCUGCAUUUCUACAAGGAUAAUGGCAAGAAUUAUCGCACACGUUUGACCAUGCUCUAUGCCUUUGGAUUUCUCUCUGGCCAGACAAUGGGACCGCUGCUGGGCUACGUCAGCCACAUCAAUCCGGCCAUUAUUAUCACCGCACUCACUGGCACCUUUGUCACCUUUCUAUCGCUGUCGCUGGCCGCUCUCUUGGCCGAGCAGGGCAAGUAUUUGUUCCUCGGCGGAAUACUAGUCAGCGUUGUCAACACCAUGGCCCUAUUGAGUCUCUUCAACAUGCUAUUCCAGUCGUAUAUAGUGCAAGUGACUCAACUGUAUGUGGGUGUCUUCGUCAUGGCCGCUUUCAUUGUCUACGAUACCCAGAACAUUGUACAGAAGUGCCGCCAUGGCAAUCGCGAUGUCGUACAGCAUGCCCUGGAUCUCUUCUUUGACGUAUUGAGCAUGUUCCGCCGUCUGCUCAUAAUCUUGACCCAGAAGGAGGAGCGCAAGCAAGACGAGCGCCGCAGGAGGAACUAAGGUCAGGCGGUAGCAGCAUUAAAUACCAAAAAAAAAAAACAUAAACAAACAUAAACAAACCAACAGCAGAUACAUUUACAUUAUGUACACUACAACAAAACUGAUUACGUUAGAAAAUUACCCCCCUUAUUUUCAAAGAACUUAUGGCCGUGCAUUUUCGGACCUUAAAUUACAACAACACAUUCAAGGCCUUCAUUGUGCAAAAGCCCAGGC